AUGCGGCGGUUGUAUGUGGACAAAGAGGACACCGUCUCCCUUCAAGCCGUACUCGAACGAUUAAAGUGUGCACACAACGUGGGUUCGUUUAUGGAUACGCACAGUGGUUUGUUUCUGAUCCGUAAGAAGCAUGUGGCUAUUCGGCACGUAGACUCCUCGCUCAAGCGUGCCAUUGUGAGCAGAACUACAGCAACCCCGGCGCCCUCGUCAACGGCUCUCGUUGUUCUCCCACCCAGUCCGUCUGUUGAUCUCUCGAUCAGUAGUCCAUCAAGUCGAAUGCUUACACCACCUCCCAGUCCUCCCCGCCGUCUUGGCCCUGUGGCUAAUACCGCGAUUAUUUGGGUCGUUUGUCGCAGUCACAAAGGUAAUCUGCUAUAG